AAAAAUAAAGUAAAGUGAGUCUGGCUAAUCGUGGAGUUUCAGCUGCUUAAGGUAAAUAAUGCCGGCAAAAAUUGAAAACGGGGUUUAAUGUUAAAUACUGUGGAUAAAGGUUGUUCCACAGAGGCUUUUAAGUCUAAACAUGACUUCGAUGCCAAAACUUAAAGAAGAAGAAAAAAACUUCACUAGAUUUUUCUUCCUCAAUUUUAAAGUAUCACCUGAAAUCGCCAGGCGAUUCUUCGACGGAGUAUUUCCGCCCACAAGCUUAGCUAAAACUAUCAACAAUAGUGUGCCUGCCAUUAUCAAUUUAUACAAUCGAAAAAGAAUCAAUGCAGUCCAAUUAGACAUAUUAAGGGGUAUCCCAGGAACGAAAUGGUCACCCCAUCGUCCUGCGAUGCCUUUGGGAACAACAGCAACCUCUUCCAAAGAUUUUGACCUGACAAUGUUGAUAUGUCUGCUAAGAAAUCUAGGAGGUUUAUCAAAGCCAUCCAAUGGAUGGGACCAACUUCCGCAUCCGAAUGAUACGUUACCAGGAGCAGACCUAGCUACACUGAAGUGGUUCAGAAAUCAGUUCGCCCAUACGACUGUUACUUCUAUGGAUAAAAAUGAAUUCACAGAUAAAUGGAAACUUGUUGAAAAGGCAUUGACAUCUUUAAAUAAAGGUCAAAGACCAUAUGAGGUCACUGAAAUCUUAAAUUACGAUCUUGAUGGAGAACAGGCUAAAACAUUGUCAAACACAGAACUGAAGAAAUUGAAAAAAGAAUGCAUUGAUUGUGAAAUGGAAAUAAAGCAGAUAGAGAUUGAUUUCUCGUAUUACAGGGAAGGAAAUAUUCCGAAAAAUAUUGCAGAAGCGAAUGAUACUUUGGUUGAAACAUGGCUACAAGAUGAUGAAAGUUUUUAUGAAACAAGGGGGUCAGAACUUGUUUAUGAUAAAAUAAAAUCUUGUUGUUGUAUUUUGGUAACAGCAAGUUCUGGAUUUGGAAAAACCGCCAUUAUUCGACAUAUCGCAUUUAAAUUUAAACUGGAAGGAUUCGAAAUUGUUCCCAUUGAGUCGCCAGAGGAUAUAAUUAUAUACAAAACAAAUAAAAAACAAGUGUUUCUUAUUGAUGAUGUCCUUGGUAAAUGCCAUUUAAGUCCGACCCUGUUGGAAAAAUGGGAAAGUUUAAACGGAAAGCUAUUAAACUGCUUGGAAACAGACUUAGGUUCAAACAAAAUAUUGUGUACAUUGAGAUUACAAAUAGCACUCCAAAAAAGAUUUAAAAAUGCAUCUACAAUUUUAAACAAAGAAGUCAUUAAUUUAGAACACCAGUCUAAUGCUCUUUCAAAAGAUGAAAAGCAGAAAAUAUUAAUCAAACACCUUAGUAGAAGUAAUCUAGAAAAUAAAAUUACAACAGAAGAGAUUGAAAUAAUGUGUGAAACAAAUUAUGCAUUCCCUCUCCUUUGCAAAUUAAUUUCAAAUAAUGAAGAAAGAUUCAGAAAAAGAAUUGCAUUCUUUAGACAGCCUUUUUCAGUGUUGAAGGAGGAACUUGAUAAAAUGAGCAUUGAAAAUAAGACGAUAUAUUGCAUUUUGGUGCUAUGUAUGUUGUUUAAUGGUUCAUUUAGUAGACGUAUAUUUGACUUGGACUCAGACAAAUGCGAUGAGAAAAUAUAUAGAAUAAUGCAAACUUGCGGACUUCAAAGAAACAUGUCUAAAAAAGAAAUUGAGGAUGGGGCUCUUUCUGCUAUAGGAUCAUAUUUCACUAAGGACAGUGACAAUUUUAGGUUUAUUCACGAUGCUCUUGAAGAGACUAUCGGCUGUCAUUUCUAUACGUUUGAUCCGAAAGUAAUGUUCUCUGACUGUGAUAUCGUUUUUAUUAGAGAUCGAGUCAGAGUGAUUUCUAAUGAAAACACGGAUGAGAAUAUUAAUGAAAAUAUUGUUAGUAUUCGGGAAGAUGAAUUGAAUGAAGAUCGUCUUAGACCGUUGUAUAAUAGAUUGUGGAUUGAAUUAAAAAAUGGGAGAUUUUCCAGCUUAUUAAUGAGUCAUCUUUUUUCGAACAGAAAUUUCAUCCGAAUAUUUGGAAUCACUUUUGAUCAGAGCAUACAUACUUUCUUGAAAAAGGUUAGUUCCGAGCAGGGACAAAUCAGUAAUGAUUCAGUCUUUAAAAAAUCUUUAAAGAUUUUAUCCAAUGAUGAAUUCAAUGAAAAUAAAGAUGCCAUUAGUCGAGUUAUAAUCGCCCGAGGAAACAAGAGUACACUCAUUGACUGGAUAGUGGCAUUUGGUUGCUAUGAGUUUUUUCGGUAUUCAUGGAAUAAGAUGUCAACUUUUGAGCGUAAAUUGAUUUUAGGUAGUUUCAAAAUCCUACCCUCAAGUAAGUCCUUCUUUCCUCUAGCUGUACUUGGAGGUAGCUUAGAUAUUGUUACAGAAUUAAUUGAUCAUGAUGUAGAUAUAAACUGUUUUUCCGAAUUUUGGGAGACACCUUUAUAUAUAGCGGUUAAGGCAGGACGCUAUGAUAUGGUACGUUUACUGUUGAGUAAUGGAGCACUGAUAAGACUACGAGGAUUGUUUCCACAUGUUCCAAUGAAAAUCCCAAUUGCUGUCACUCCAAACAAGCAACAGAUAACUUAUUUGAUUCUUGAAUAUGAUUUAAACAAGACAGAGAUUCAUGAAGCAGUCCACCACAAUGACUUGGGAAAAUUAAGAUCAAAUAUUCGAUCAGAAAAUAUUGAUUCUAAAACAAAGAACGGAUUGACAGUCCUACAUUACGCUGUAUUAUUAAAUAACGUAGAAGCAGUUAAGGUUUUAUUUAAUGAAGAAUUGCCCGAAAAUGAUGAUUCAUAUUUUGACUUCAAGCAAGUCAAAUAUAGAGAACUUUUGACUAGAAAGCCUACACCUAGAGUAAACAUAGGUGACAAUAAUGGACUCACUGCUGUUCAUCUAGCCGUUAUAAACAAUAAUAUCGAGAUAUUAUCUCUUCUGCUUCAUAAUAAAGCUAAAGUAACGAUUCGUGAUGAUUUCUAUAGAACCCCUCUACAUUACACAACAGGUGAAACUGUUACAAAAUUAUUACUCGCUCAAAGCUCUCAGAACCAGUGUUUGGAAAAUUAUCGAAAUGCAGAUGUGAAAAGACAGUAUACAAAAACAUGUCUAUCAGCUUUCAUGACCACUUGUUUGAAUAUUUCUCUACAAACUACUUUCAGAGUUGUUUUGCGUGACUUUGUUAACGUGCCAGACAAAGAGGGCAAUACACCCUUACAUUCUGUUAUAGAGAGGCAUCGUUCAAGACAGGAAAAGAGUGAUUGUAUAGAAAUAUUGCUAGAUAAUGGGGCUAAUCCUUAUUUAUUAAAUGACAGGGCCUUAUCAGCAUUUGAGUUAGUUGAUAACUUUUUUGGUGAAGACAAAAACAUAAACAAUAGUGCAAAACAUAGACAAUUAGUUCAGAACACUCAUAUGUUAUUUGCCUUAGUAACGUUCUUAAUUGCUUUUACUUAUAUGUUAAUAAAUCCCGUAAUAUUUAGUAAGGAAAGUCAAAAUGAGUUUUAUUGCGUCGGGGACGUCGCAGACUCUGGUAAUAUAACCUUGGAACAGGUGACGAGAAGCCAAUACGUGUUACUCACAACUAUAGUGUUUUGGUCAUUAUCAUUUAUAUCGUAUGACAUGAGGUAUUCAGAUCUCAAUUGGCGAUGUUUUAUAAUUUUGGUAUUUAUAGGUAGUGGGUUUUUCACAUUAGUUGGUGCAUUUGUAUUAAUCCAAUACAUACAAAAAUUUCAGUAUAUAUAUGAAAUUAUUUUCAGCGUUGUUUUAUAUAGGGCUGUGAUAGAACUCAUUAGAUAUUUUACACAUGUAACAUACUUACAAGUAAGAUAUAGGGAAAAACUGCCAAUAGCUGUUCUGAAUUUAUUCUUAUGUUGUACUUUGAUAUAUGGUGUUUCAAAGGAUUUUCCUGCAAGUGACCUAAAAUACUAUUACAAUUUUUCUACCAUGCGCGUUAUAUAUACACUGAACAUAACAGCUUCAAAUUGUACUGAAUUUAAUUCUGUAAAUAUAUUAUGUACAAGUUUAGCCUAUAAUAUUACUUAUCAGAAUGAUGUCGACUUCUCCAUGCAGUGUCGCACUGACCCAAAUUUUACAAGUUAUAAUGGUACACUUAUAGUGGAAUCAGGAUUUAUAGACUGGCAAGAAAUAGGUAUCAUAUCUAAUUUUUGGUCGCAUGUUAUAUGUGCCUACUGUUUUCUUUACUGUUUUUCAAUAUGUAUUAGGCGGAUAAUGUUUAGAGGUACUACAUGUAACUUAUCGUUUAUGAAUGCUCUAGAUUUGUCUAUUUAUUUUUACAUAAUGUUGUUAGUUAAUAUUAUUUAUUAGAAUUGUUUUGAUUAAAUGUGACAAAAUAGAACAAAGAUAUAAUUCUAGGUUGUACUGUCAUAUCUAGUAAAGUAAAAAAUAACCCGUUAAAUGAGGAUGAGGAAAUGUUACUUUAUAUAUCAUACAAUGAGGAAAAUGAUAUUAUAAAUUGUGUGAGAAUGUUUUUACAUGAUCAUUCGCGUUCAUUUCAUAUGAAUCUUGACUUGCAAUAUGUAUGUCUACUACAUUGAAUACAUGUUAUUGACUUUUA